AUGCCUCUCGUAGUCCCCGGCCUCAUGGGCAAGAGCGGCGCCAGCGACGACGGCUCAAAGUGGCAGGAGCAGCUGAUGGGGAAGAAGCUGGGGGAUGUGUCUGACAAUACUACGUUCGCGAAGAAGGAGCUGCCCAAGGAGACACGGGUGAUCAAGCAGGGCGACAUGGCGACGAUGGACUUCAAGCCGGACAGGUUGAACGUCCACGUUGCGGAUGAUGGCACGGUCACGCAUGUUAAGAUGGGAUAA